AUGAAACUUGUAUCCGGCUUGACAACCAAGGUGCAGGCCUUUUCCGGUCAUAGAGGCCAAAGUGGUGUACUCCCAGUUCUCUGGCAAUGGCAGUUAGAGUUUACUGUUGUCUUCAUGUCAUGCGGGCUCCUGGGAGCAAUAUUCGGAGUUUUGCAUCACAAUCAUGACCAAGAAGUGGCAGGCUGGUCUCUAUCUGGAAUGAGCCUAAACACAUUGAUAGCUCUACUAUCAGCGUUGCUCAGAGCCCAAAUUCUUACUAUCGCUGAAGAAGCCAUUAGCCAGCAUAAAUGGAUUUGGCAGCUCACGCCUCGACCAAUAAGUCAUCUGAGCUUCAUCAAUGAAGCCAGCAGAGGGCUCUGGGGUUCGAUCAUACUUCCAACUCAGCUCCGUGCAUGGUUCUCUUACAUCUACGUUGGAUGUCUCAUCAUGGUGCUGUCUCUGAGUAUUGGACCAUUCACGCAGCAGGCAUCCAGUACCCAACCUUGCAUCAAGAAUAUCACUGGCGCUUCAGCCACCAUCCCUUAUUCCUGGGCCGACUUUCAAACGUUCGAUAACAAGUUAAAUGGGCUCUCGCUCUGGACGGUGGACAUUGGAUUUUCUGAGGCUAUUGUUCGUGCAUCCACAAACAGCAGCUCAAGGAGCUCGGCGUCACUGCUUCAGGGUUGUACUACAGGGAACUGUUCAUUUCCUGCCAUCCGUGUAGAUAUUGCCCUUUCGACAAUGGGUAUUUGUUCGCGGUGUAUUGACACUACGAGCUAUGUCAGAUCAGACAACGAUACAGGAGUCGAGCUGCCUAAAGAAGCGGGCUCCCUAUCUGUUGGAUAUGUUACGAACACCAUCGAAUCAAAGGGUUCGAAGGACCUGGAAUGGGCGCGAGCUAAUUUUGAUGGUGAUUUACGAGACGUUUUCGGGGCAUCCAUCAUCAACUACACGUUUCUCGGUUUGACAUCAGAUGGUUGUCAAUAUAAAAACAGGACUACACGUGUUAGAAAUUGUGUUCGGCCCCCUGCUAUCAAAGAAUGGUCGAUACCAAGAUUUAACGUCUACUCGGCAGCUUGCACGUUUUAUUUUUGCAUGAGGCAUCAUAAAGUUGACGUGAAAAGCGGUGUAUUAACUGAAACACUCAUCACCGACAGUCCUGGUUUUUUCCAACAUAUCGACACCCGUUUGACUAAAUCUGUUAGCAACGAAUCAGUUCAGGUUGAGUUGCGUGGACCAGGAACCGAAACGGUCGAUAUUCCUUGGAGCGCCAAUUGCACCGCACACACAAGCGAGCUUGGAAGGCUCGUCAUGGACGUCGCAUUGAAGAUGAUCGAAGGCAAUUGCGAAUACCCAUUCCUUCCCCACAGUCCUCCUAGUUUGUCACAACGGGUCGACCUUCUUGAAUGCCAGCCGUGGAAUCUUUAUGGCCUAUUUAACGACGGUCUUGCAUCAUUUUCUACGACUUCCGAGACCAUGAGCAGAAUUGCUAGCGCAAUCAGUGACCGCAUGCGUGAAAUAGCAGCAAAAAGGGAUUUCCGCGCCGCCUAUACUUCAGGACCCGAACCUGAUCCGGAAGGCGGUUACAUCAAAGGCCAUGUACACUACACUACAAUCUGUACAAGAUUUCAAUGGCGCUGGCUUCUUGGUCCUGCUUUACUUCUGCUUAUGACAAUCGGAUUCUUUAUUCAUGCUGUAACUAGGUCCGUCAUUCGACGCGGUCGCGAACCGCUUUGGAAGAGCUCUAUACUCCCUGUCCUGUAUUUCAAUCCAGAAUCCCGAGGUCAAGGGAGCAAACAUGAGCUAUCAGAACUUGAGAAGAGGGCAAAGAGUAUGAUUGCCGCCUUAUCCCUAACGAGCGAGGGCAAAUGGGAACUAGUAGAUGGGUUGGACGAAGUGAAUAGAAAUGGUCGAUCCGGCCAGAACAAUGAGGAUGAGGUAGCCCUUAUCGACUUACCACCACCUGGAGCACAAGAGGGGGAUAAUGUAAGCAGAUAG